AUGACGACAGUAGUGAACCUGUACUUGGUAGGCGAACAAUCGCCGAAUAGACUGCCAUUUGAUGCAUCAAGCCAUCAUACCUUUGAUGAUCUCAAGACUAGUGUAGCUGCAUCAUUUUCCAUCGCGAGACCACACUCAAUAUCCUUUCACGGGCCUACGAGUCAACUAGAGAAGCUCGAGGACUUCAAACAUCAGGAUGGUGACGUAGGCGUCAUGAUCGACGGCCUGCCGGUCAAGUCUCCUCUGGGGCCUUCCGGUAUGCCUUUCGUUGGGAAUCACUUUGAGAUCUACCCAGAUCAUAUGGGCAACCAUGAUCGCCUCUUUGAGAGAUACGGCAGCGUCAUCAAGACUGUCAAUAUUGGCACCACAACCUACCUAACCAAUGACCCAAGAGUCUCCGAGGUCGCCCUCGGCGAGUCGCAGUACUUUACCAAGACGACGUCGGAUCCAAGCCAUCCACUCCACCACAUGGCCGACGACACCGCCCUGUUCACAUGCGAUACCUCGUCACCAGCCUUCAAGACGGUGCACAAAUUCGUCCCGCCGGGUAUGUCGCCAAAGGCAGCGCAGCGCCACGUUCCGGGCAUGCAAAAGGCCGUCGAGUCAUGCUUCGGCGUCUUUGACGAGCUAGACGACAAAGAGCUGGCGUUCAAUACAUACCAGUACAUGUUCAAGCUCGCGGGGCAGAUCAUCUACCGCGUCGUCCUCGGCCUCGACACGGCACACUUCGCGUCGAUCAACUCGCCGCCAUACGAGAUCAUCCGCCUGCUAGGCGAGUACCUCUCGCUGAUGAAGCAGACGUCGCUGAGCCCGCAGUGGUACAAGUGGCUGCCGUACGGCAAAGUCCACAGAAUUGCCAAGGUGCGGGCCCGGCUUGUCCAGCUCGUCGAGCAGGCUGUCACAGUGUGCGAGCCAGGCGGCGAGCACGGCGAGGACAUGCCGAUACAGCAAGCGGCCAUGACGGCGACCUGCGUUGCCGACUACUUGAAGCGCGCGGUCGACGAGCAGGGCAAGAAGCUGCCGCACGAGUACCUCAUCUCGAACCUAUCUGUUCUUCUCGGCGCAGGGCUCAACACUUCCUCGUCGCUCCUUUCGUGGCUUAUCUAUGCCCUGACGCGCUACCCCGGCAACCAGGACCGCCUCGUCCAGGAACUUAUCGACCAUGGCGCCGACCCUGCCAAGCCGUGUGCUACUUCCGGCUGGGACGCGAGCCAGGUACUCGCCCUCCCGUUCCUAGAUCCCUUUCUCAAGGAAACGCAGCGGAUGCACAGCCCGACAUUUCAGACAGCCCGCAACACCAAGCAAGACGUUAUCGUGCCGGGCGGGUGGCGCAUUCCGGCCGGCUCCGUAGUUAUCCCGACCUUUCCUGCGAUGCACAAGCACAAGGAUCACUGGGACAACCCGGAGAGGUUCGAUCCGGACCGGUGGCUAGACACGGCAGCUCAAGCCGCGAGGCAUCGCAUGGCGUAUACGCCGUUCGCAGCUGGACCGCGCGGUUGUGUAGGGUUCAAUAUCGCUCAGCUGGAGGCCAAGAUGGCGUUGGCCAAUUUGGUGUUUCGAUACGAGUUCUUCGAUGCUAGUAGGGAGCCUGUGGUCUAUGAUCCAGAGUUUGUGGUUAUUCGGCCUGUAAAUAGUUAUGUCAGGGCAGUCAGGAGAAAGACCUGGCCUGAGAAGAGCAAGUCAUAG